AUGGAAAAGUGUAUUUUCUGUGGUUGGUAUCGUCGUACAAAUGGUCCAACGUUGAGAUUUUAUGGAAUUCCACGUGAACCAGGCUUGAAACGUGUGAAAUGGUUAUGUGCUAUUGGUGAUCGCGAAUUAUCAGCAAAAGAUAAGGUAUGCAGUAUACAUUUUCGACAAGGUCGACCAUCUAACGAUCCAUCACAUGAAGAUUUUGCUCCUCAUUUAUUCCUGCAACGUUUGACAACAGAGCCCGUUGCUAAGACAUUAACAUAUCUUGAAAGUCUUGCAAAUGAUGAUGAUUUCGAUGAAAUGCCUUCCGUAUCACGACCGGAACGCACUGAACGUCUGCAUGCAUGCAAGCCAUCAAUUUUACGAAAACGACGAAAAGUGAUAUCUUCUUCAGAUGAACCUAAGAAAAUCGACCAAGGUGCUACCGAAAAUUUGCAAGAUUGUUCAUCAGAAAAAAUUUUGUUAUCGGAAACCCAAGAAGUGGAGAAAAAGUCAUUAAAAGAUGAUAUGCCGAAUAUUGUAAUGUUCACAAAUCCUGUAACUGGUAUGAAAAAACGCAUGAAAUUGCAACAUUUACCUCGACCGUUUGUAGAAGCAGUAGGUAUUAAGCCAGGUCAAACUGUUAUUAUCAAACGUCGCAUACGAGUGGCUAAAUCUGCACGAAAUCAGAUAGAAGGAUCUGAUACUAUGGAAAAUGUGUUAGAAAAAGAGGAAAACCUUUUGGAAAAUGCAGCAAACAUAUGCUGA